CUAAUUGCGUUAUGCAACCAUCAACCUUGUAAUGAACCCACAAGCUAAGUAUGCUCCUUCAAACUUAUUGCAGUCUCUACCACUUCGAUACUUGACUUCCAGAAAGAUUCGGCUCGCUCGCGCUUUCUUUCCUUUACUCGGUCUGCUGUCAUUUGCCAUGGCACAGACCACCUCUCAGGUUACUAUAUGGAAAGACAUGUAUUACGAAGGAGACAGUGUCCAAGUUCCUGCAGACAACCACUGCCAUGCUCUCAGCGAGUUCCAGCCCGACUUGGCCAGCCAAGUUUCAUCUAUCCAGAUUCCUGACGGUGUGCAAUGCUUUCUUACAGAAUGGCAGUGCCUUAGUAUGACUGAGGACGCCUCUACAAAGACGAUUGGCCCUCCUGGAAUGAGUAGUCUUUACAACGUUGAUUUCAAUGACAAGUUGGUGAAUAUCGCUUGUCUCACUCCUGCACAGAACUCGUAUUAACUGAAGGUCAUUGUGCGUAUGAGUUCGGGUACAAAUUUCGGUUGUAAACGUGGAUAUAUGUGUCGAUCGCCCACACUGAUAUUGACUUGACAUACUGUCUAGUUGGUUGAUGCGAGAGUGUCUUGGAUAACAAUACAG